GCGCUUUGCCGGCCGCUGGCGGAGCGAGCCGAGCGGGCUGGGACCCGGGUUCCGCGGCGGGCGCCGGCUCGCGCGGGCGGCGAUGUUCCACUGCAUCCCCCUGUGGCGGUGCAACCGUCAUGUGGAGAGCCUGGACCGGCGUCACUGCUCGCUGGUGUGCGUGCCCGAGGAGGUGUACCGCUACGCGCGCAGCCUGGAGGAGCUGCUGCUGGACGCCAACCAGCUCCGCGAGCUGCCCGAGCAAUUUUUCCAGCUAGUCAAAUUACGAAAGCUUGGACUUAGUGAUAAUGAAAUUCAGCGGCUCCCUCCAGAAAUCGCAAACUUCAUGCAGCUGGUGGAACUGGAUGUGUCUAGAAAUGACAUCCCGGAGAUUCCAGAGAGCAUCUCAUUCUGUAAAGCACUGCAGAUAGCCGACUUCAGCGGGAACCCACUGACCAGGUUGCCAGAAAGCUUUCCUGAAUUACAGAAUUUAACAUGUCUCUCUGUAAAUGACAUUUCACUGCAGUCUCUGCCUGAGAAUAUUGGCAAUCUUUAUAACCUGGCAUCACUGGAACUGAGAGAGAACCUUCUUACAUAUCUUCCUGACUCUCUUACCCAGCUGCAGAGACUAGAAGAACUUGAUUUAGGAAACAAUGAUAUAUAUAAUUUGCCUAAAUCAAUCGGAGCUCUCUUACAUCUAAAAGAUCUCUGGUUGGAUGGAAAUCAGCUAUCAGAAUUACCUCAGGAAAUAGGAAAUCUGAAGAACUUGCUGUGCUUAGAUGUCUCUGAAAAUAGGUUGGAAAGACUUCCUGAAGAAAUCAGUGGCCUGACUUCAUUAACAGAUUUAGUAAUCUCCCAGAACUUACUGGAAACAAUUCCAGAUGGCAUCGGAAAACUGAAGAAGCUGUCUAUCUUGAAGGUGGAUCAGAACAGACUCACACACUUGCCUGAAGCUCUUGGGGACUGUGAGAACCUCACAGAGCUAGUUCUCACAGAGAAUCGGCUCCUGACGUUACCUAAGAGCGUUGGAAAACUUAAGAAGUUGAGCAACUUGAAUGCAGACAGAAAUAAAUUAGUGUCUUUACCAAAAGAGAUUGGCGGGUGCUGCAGCCUCACUGUGUUCUGCGUGCGCAACAACAGACUGACUUGGAUACCUGCUGAGGUGUCACAGGCGACAGAACUUCAUGUCCUAGAUGUGGCAGGGAACAGGUUGUCACAUCUGCCGUUAUCAUUGACCACCUUGAAGCUGAAGGCUCUGUGGUUGUCUGACAACCAGUCCCAGCCUCUGCUCACCUUCCAGACAGAUACAGACCGCACCACAGGAGAGAAGAUCCUGACUUGUGUCUUACUUCCUCAACUGCCUUCAGAACCUACCUGUCAAGAGAACCUGCCGCGUUGUGGUGCCCUGGAGAGCCUGGUAAAUGACGUCUCCAAUGAUUCGUGGAGUGAGCGUGCAGUACACAGAGUUAGUGCCAUCCGAUUUUUGGAUGAUGAAAAAGAUGAAGAGGACAAUGAAACGAGAACGCUUCUAAGGCGAGCCACUCCGCACCCAGGGGAGCUGAAGAACAUGAAAAAGACAGUGGAGAAUUUACGGAAUGAUAUGAAUGCUGCUAAAGGACUGGAUUCGAACAAAAAUGAGGUCAAUCAUGCUGUUGACCGAGUGACCACUUCUGUGUAGAACGUCACCACCGGGUCUUACCUCCUGUGUCUUCCCCUGGUGUCCAGACAUUCCUCUGCCUCCCAGGAGCCUCAGCAUCCUCUGUCCUCACCAUCACCUGCGUCACCUCCCGUCUGGGUCCGGACGCUGCUCUCUGUCCCAGCAAGUGCCUUACUUGUUCCUGAUCCAGUCACCGCUUCAGUGGUCUCCUGGCUUGGUGUUUUGGUUUUGUUUUUUUUUAAUAUUGGUUGUUGGUAAUAAGUAGAAUACACUACUGUAAACAUCUGACUGUCAUUUUUGUCUUAUGUUGGGGUGAGAGAGAGCAGGAAGGAGAAUGAUUAUCCUCUUCCCUUCCAUACAGGGCUGGGACAUUUUGAACCCAAAUUCUCUUGAACUUAUGAUGAGAAGUAGUUUUGUGUACAGGGAAAAAUUGAUACUUUUUAAAUCUUUUUUGGCAGCUCAGAUGGUGUAAAUUUUAAAUUUUUGUAUAGGUAUUUCAUAACAAAAAUGUGUAUUUCUUUUUUGUUAUUUUAUCUUGAAAACGGUACAUAUUUUAGGAUUUAUGCAGGAAAAAAAAACAGUCCUAAAGUAUUUGUUUCUAAUUGUACCAUCCACUUGUGCCUUACUGUGUCCUGUGUCCUGUCAAACCAGUUGUGAACAGUGGCAUCAUUGAGCAGUGAUAGGAGAAUGGGAAUGUGGUACUUUUUAAGCAGUGUUGGAUUUUAAUCAGCAAUCUACUUGGUGGAUUUGUUUUUAACCAAAAAGAUGAAUUACCAACGAUGUGUAAAUUAUAUUGGUUGAUGUUCUGAAUGAUGAACCAAAGGAUUAGACUGCUAAUAAUUUCUUACACUUUGCCUUUUCAUGAAUAAGUUGUAUUUUUUAAAGAGUGCAGUGUCAGACUGUGUCCACUCCAAAGGCAUGUGCCAUUUGUACAAUAAAAUAGAGCCGAAAAGCACAAAAAGAGAAAACUGGUUCAGAAAUUCAGUGUAUAAAUUAUGUACUGCAAAACAAAGUGAUUCUUACUGAAUACAGCUUUAAAAGUUUUAUAUACAGAUAUAAGACCACAGUAUAGUAAAAUAACUUAUACUACCAUAAUAGAAAUGUUGCUAUCUUGAUAAGUGCAAUUUAAUUUGUAAAUAGAGUUUGGAUCAAAAUAUAACAAAAUACCGCUUCAAGACUUAAUUUUAAAUCUGCUAAUUUAAGGGUUAUGAGGGUAUGUUUUAGUGUGUUUCUGUUGAUUUUUGUAUGCUGUGAUAAAUGAGAAAUGAAAAAUGCCAGUCACUGUGGGAGAAUCGUGGGUUUUUUUAAGGGAGGGGGUUUUUCUCCAUGAAAUAAACUUAGCACGGACAUUGGC